AUCCCUAUAAUCCUAUCUGUCGUCUUUGUCUAUAAAUCAUAAAAUAAUGAUCGUCACCAUUAAAAUAAAAAAGUGACGAGUAAAAUAAAGAUAGGGUUUUCAAUCUCAUCCUUAAACUCCCUCUCUCUCUCUCUCCCCCAUAGCUUCGAUCAAUUAUGGCCUCCAAUUCCAACUCCAAACCUGAUGAGAAACCAGAGACCACAUCAUCCACUGGGGAGUCUCAAUCAGGGCAAAGAAGAUCUCCAUCUUCUCCACCACCUGCUUUUUCUCCCAAUCCUUUUGAUUUCUCCGCCAUGACCGGACUUCUUAAUGAUCCUAGCAUCAAGGAUUUGGCUGAGCAGAUUGCAAAAGAUCCUGCAUUUAACAAGAUGGCAGAGCAACUCCAGCAGACACUUCAAGGUGUAGGAGCCGGAGGACCUUUAGCAGCUGGAGCACCUGUAGCAGCUGGAGGAGAUGCAGGAGCUGAAGAUUCUAUCCCUCAGUUUGAUACUCAACAAUACUAUUCGACCAUGCAACAAGUUAUGCAGAAUCCUCAGUUCAUGACUAUGGCUGAACGUCUUGGCAAUGCUAUGAUGCAGGAUCCGUCAAUGUCCAAAAUGCUGGAUACUUUGACAAAUCCAUCUAGCAAAGAGCAACUCGAGGAUAGGAUGGCACGGAUCAAGGACGAUCCUUCUUUGAAGCCCAUUUUAGAAGAGAUAGAGAGUGGUGGUCCAGCAGCCAUGAUGAGGUACUGGAAUGACCAAGAUGUUUUGAAAAAGUUGGGUGAAGCAAUGGGUCUUGCAGUUUCCGGGGAAGCAGCAUCUUCUGCAGAAAGUGCUGGACAAGAUGAAGCGGAAGAAGCAGGGAAUGAGGAUGAGUCAAUUGUUCAUCAUUGUGCUAGUGUUGGUGAUGUUGAGGGUUUGAAAGCUGCAUUAGCCUCUGGUGCUGAUAAGAAUGAAGAAGAUUCAGAGGGAAGAACAGCACUGCAUUUUGCUUGUGGAUACGGAGAGGUGAAGUGUGCUCAAAUCCUUGUUGAGGGUGGGGCAACUGUUGAUGCACUGGAUAAAAAUAAGAACACUGCACUUCAUUACGCAGCUGGUUAUGGAAGGAAGGAGUGCGUUGCCCUUCUACUCGAGAAUGGGGCUGCCGUUACUCUUCAGAACAUGGACGGCAAGACUCCGAUAGACGUUGCCAAGCUAAACAACCAGCAUGAUGUGCUAAAGCUGCUCGAGAAGGAUGCUUUCCUGUAGCUUGGAUACAACGAUGCUGUCUUCGUGAGGUUUUAUUUAUUCUAAUGUUCAUAUUUGUGGGCAUGCCAUAUCAUGUUUCCAGUUUAGUAAUUUAUUACUGUAUCACAUGGUAUUUGACUGGAAAAUCUUAUGCUCCCUGUUUUAUCUCUCAGAGCCACUCAUUUCAUUACGCUAUUCAUAUUCCUUCAUCCUUUGCUGCUUCUGUUAAAUCAUUAUUCCUGGCAAUAGUGCUGGGUCAAAGUUUGUCUUUUUGGUUUGAUUUAUACUGAAUUAGUUUUACUUA